AUGGAGCCCCCAAUCCCACAGAACGCCCCGUCGGCUCCCAGCUCAGUCAUGGUCCAGCCUCUCCUUGACAGCCGAACACCCCACGGCCGGCUCCAACACCCACUCACCAUUCUGCCUAUUGACCAGAUGAAGACUAGCCACGUGGAGAAUGACUACAUAGACAACCCUGGCCUGGCACCCCCUGGGGCCCCCAAGAGAACCCGUGCUGGGGCCCCAGAGCCAGCCCCAGUGCCCCCCCGCUGUGACCAGGAUGUCACCCACCACUGGAUCUCCUUCAGUGGGCGCCCAAGCUCUGUCAGCAGCAGCAGCAGCACGUCCUCUGACCAGCGGCUCUUAGACCACAUGGCACCACCACCUGUGGCUGACCAGGCCUCCCCACGAGCUGUUCGCAUCCAGCCCAAGGCCAUUCACUGCAAGCCCUUGGAUCUCAAGGGUCCAGCAGCUCCACCUGAACUGGACAAACACUUCUUGCUGUGUGAGGCCUGCGGGAAGUGUAAGUGCAAGGAGUGUGCAUCCCCCCAGACGUUGCCCUCCUGUUGGGUCUGCAACCAGGAAUGCCUGUGCUCGGCCCAGACCCUGGUCAACUACGGCACUUGCAUGUGCCUGGUACAGGGCGUCUUCUACCACUGUACCAAUGAGGAUGAUGAGGGCUCUUGUGCCGAUCACCCUUGCUCCUGCUCCCACUCAAACUGCUGCGCCCGCUGGUCCUUCAUGGGUGCCCUCUCCCUGGUGCUGCCCUGCCUGCUCUGUUACCUGCCCGCCACCGGCUGUGUGAAGCUGGCCCAGCGAGGUUAUGACCGCCUGCGCCGGCCCGGCUGCCGCUGCAAGCACACGAACAGCGUCAUCUGCAAGGCGGCCACCGGGGAUGCCAAGGCCAGCAGACCCGACAAGCCUUUCUGA